CGAGCUGAAGGUUUUUUGUUUUUUUAAAUAAUCCUCACCCCGCCCAUCGAGCCGUCACUCCCGAGUCUGACUAGUAGUUAGUGUCACAUUCUUUUCUCUGCUAACAUCUCGGACACACCUCAGCCGUCUCAGACAUGUCUGACUUCUCGGAAGAUCAAAUCCAAGAGUUCAAGGAGGCGUUCCUGCUGUUCGACAGAACAGGAGAGGGGAUGAUCUGUUACAACCAGUGUGGGGAUGUCAUGCGCUCCCUGGGACAGAACCCUGUCACUGCUGAUGUCCUCAAGGUCCUGGGCAACCCCAAAGCUGAGGAGAUGAACACCAAGAUGCUGGACUUUGAGAGGUUCUUGCCCAUGCUUCAGACCAUUACUAAAAAUAAAGAUCAGGGCUCCAUGGAAGACUUUGUGGAGGGACUUCGCGUCUUUGACAAGGAAGGCAAUGGCACAGUAAUGGGCGCAGAGCUGCGUCAUGUCCUCACCACACUAGGUGAGAAAAUGACAGAGGAAGAAGUGGAGACUCUCCUGGCAGGACACGAAGACGCAAACGGCUGCAUCAAUUAUGAAGCGUUUGUGCGCCACAUCAUGUCAGGCUGAGGGCCGGUACGGGCAUUGGGUAUACUAUGAGAGCUGGUCAGGAUGGUCAUGAACGGCUGAAGAGAAAACGAAUCACUUUUUUUUUUUCUUUUUUUUUUUUUGGUUUAGUCUUUUACUGUGUCACAUCUCUUUUUGCAGUUGGCUUACUACAUCCCCGCAAGCUCUUUUCCAUGGAUUUGAUUUGUCUAAAGAUGAUGCACAGUCUAAUAGCAUACUGUACAUGACCAUUGUGAAUGCAUUCAUUUAAGUCUGAAAGCUUGCUUUGACACAUUCCAAGAUGCAUCACCUGAGAAUUUUCACCAGUGACUGUAUAUUGUAAUACAUGUUGCUAACAGUCUGUCAUUUUUGGAUGGGGAUUUAAUAUUUAUACAUGCACUCAUACACGGUAAUGGUUUGAUCUACUGUAAUAUUGGCAAAGACUUUGGCUCAAGAACACUGGCUUGGUUUGACAUUGCAGUAAACCAGUAUAAUAAAUCAUAUAAAAGCAAUAUCCAAAGCGGGAAAACUUUCCAAAUGUUUCCAAUGCUUUUAAAAUUGCCCCUUUUUUGCAUUUGAAUAAAAGUCUCCUCAAAUACUA